AUGUUGAGCCCCUCCCCCCUCCUUCUUGCUACGGACCAAACAGACGGGAAAAAACACGGCCAGAGCUCUCCCUUCCCUCCUCCUCCUCCCCCUCUUUCCUCCCUGUUCUUACCCCCUCCUCACCCCGCCUCUUCCCCGCUGCCCUGCCCCGUCUGCCCCCUCGGCUGCUGCCACCAUGCUGUGGUCUCGCUGCUGGUGGAGAGCCUGAGGAAACAGACUCUGGCAGGCGACCCUGCUCAGCCGGGGGACUACUACCUGUCCCUGCUGGACCCGAAAACCCUCCCAGAGUGCUGGCCCCCAGAUGGCUUGAUGCCUGAGAGCAGCUACUGGCAGUUCUGCCCUCCCUCUAAGACCAGCCUGCAGGGGGGGUUGCUGAGCUCUAGUUUCCCCCCCGGCCCCGUGCCCCUGGUGCCCCCUGAUGCCCACCUUCAGGAGGCCGGUGACCCCUUGGAGGGCGGUCCCUCUGAGCCUCAGCGACCCCUGGCACCCAGCACCUCGGCGUCAGAGCUGUCUCCGUCUGGGGCGGCGGCGGCUCCCCCGGGGAUUGGACCGCCCCCUCCGCCACCCCCGCCGCCCAAGCGCCACUGCCGCUCGCUGUCGGUGCCGGAGGACCUAUCGCGUUGCCGCUACACCUGGCGGCCCAGCGCUUCACGCGUCUGGACUCCCGUCAGCCGCCAGCAGUGCCAUGGAGGCGCGGGUGGCGGCGUGGCGGGAGGGGGCGUGGCAGUGGCGGCAGGGGGUGUGGGCAUGGCGGGGGGCGGAGUCUGCCCGCUGCGUGCCCCCAGCUCCUCUCUGACCUCAUCGCUGCACUCCUCUUCCAGCCCCACCUUCUUCAGCCUGGCGCUGUCGCCGGACUCCCCAUUGCCAUGGAGCUUCCCCUGGGACCCCAGUGAGGCGGCGGCAGGGGGUGGAGCCUGCUGCUGCUUUUUCCCCUCCCCCUCCUCCUGCUCGUCAUCGCCCUCCCCGCUGCAUCCGCCUCCGCCUCCCCAGCGGCGCUUCUCCCUCUCGCCAGUGCUCAUCAGAGACUCGGCCGCCUCCACUUUCCUUCCUCCGCCUCCGGUCCCCAGCCAGGCGGCACCGCCCCCGCCGGGUUACGCCGCCGCCGGAACCGCCGCGUUGGGGCCAGUACCUCCCUCGCCCUCUUCCGCCUGCAGCACGCCGUCUUCUCUCCGCCGCAGUCUCCCGCCGCAGCUGCCGCGCUGUCACUCGCAGCCCUGCGACCUACUGCUGCUGAAGCCGGGCUUGAAGCGGCGCCGUGACCCCGACCGACCCUGCGCCCGGCCCGUCCUUGACUUCACCAAGAUGACGCAGACGCGCAGCAUCGACCCGCAGUGCCUGGAGCGCGGCGGCGGUAGGCUAGCCUGUGGCGGCGACGUCUGCAUGGGCAUGGAGGCCUUCAUGGGCGACUUUCGGGGCUCCUGCUCACCCGCCGAGUGCCUGGGCCGCACCAGCAUCGGGCCGCUGAGCGAGAGUGACGAGGAAUGCCGUGAGGAUGAUGAGGACGAAGAGGAGGAGGCGGAGGAGCGUGAGGCGGCACAGCAGGCCGUAUUUGAGAGGGAUUGUACAGAACUGGACCUGAACUUAAUAGAAGAAAACUGACUUGUUGUAAAUGAAGGCUGUUCUCUGUUUCUGUUUUCUAACUGAGUUUUAUUUUGAAAUGACCUGACCCCUGCCCUUCUUCCUGUCCCACCAUCUUCUUAACACUCGGCGAGUUCUCGCCACCAAUCAGCAGAGCUCUCAGGAACAACAUCUUCUCCCAUUGGACGAGCUGAUUACUGGCAACAGUGAUGAUGUGGCGGCCGGCAGACCUGGACAAACUGGUCCGUUUCAGUUGGACCAGUACCAGCUCUGGUCCAGGUAACUUCCAACACGUCUGACGAGGCGAAUGCGGCGCUGCAGCGGCCGACCCAGACGGUCCUGAACCGCCACAGAAACAUAACCUGGAAUAAUCUUCACACCAAAGAUGAAAUGAGACAUAAAUAUUCUCAUACAUAUAAAGAAUUCGAUGAGUUCUGAUCUGAGACAGAGAUUAAAAACUUAGUUUUGCAUUUAAUGACAAUCAAGAGUCUAAAAAAUAAUUUAAUCACAAAGGCCUUUAAAUGAUGAAAAACCUCCAGAUUUCUGAAUUUUAAUUCCUCCAAAAACAAAUGAUUUUCCGUUGCUGCAGUUAUGUGACCUGGUGUGAUGCGUUCAGGGUUGCUGCGGCGGCGCCUGUCAGUCGUCGCUGAGGGCAAAAAGCCACUGAUGCUGUUGUUCAGCCGAGUGUUCGCGCAGUCCUGCUGUACACAACUGUCACUGAAAACACUACAACUGAGUGUGUGUGUGUGCAAACGUGCAUGUGUGUGACAUCACACCCUGCUGGUCAUGUGACCUGUGUUUAGAUUGAAUCCAAUGGAUUUCUUCUGACAGUUUGUGACAACUGUUUGUGUUUUUAAUUAAAAUCGUUCAGUCAUCUAGGUUUGGAUUAAACCAUCAAAAAGUGCUCUAGUUAUUUUCUGUUGAGUGAAGCAGAAACUUUAACUAAUCUCAAGUUUCAGACUCUGUAAUCUUGCCAUAAAACCAGCAAAUUAUUUAAGAAAUAAUGGAAAUAAUAUAUAAAUACAAACUGAGAAUUAACUUUGGAUUCAAAGAGGAACUUAAAAAACAGUUUAGAUUGCAAUAAAAUGCAUGAAUCUGUUAAAUUUGGCAUAAAAAAAGUGAAUGGAGAAUUUUAAUCUCCAGGGGAAAAUUAAUCCAAAGGAACAAACCCUCAAGUUUUCGGUGAAAGACUUAAGUAGAUUUAUUAGUGGAGUCUUACUGGUUUGGUGAAACAAUCUUGAUUUAAAACUAUGAAUUUUUACUUUGCGUAAAAAUGACAGGGUUUUUUUUUUUGUUUUAACUGGUAAAUCUUAAAUGUAAUAUCAGCCACUGCCAAUAGAGGGCAAUACAAAUAUUGAAUAUUAUUGUUGUAACUUUAUUUGUCUGUGUUGGAUCCAAAUAUAAGCUAAAAAUGGCAGAAGAAACAUAUUUUUUUCAGUCGGUUUCAAAAUUUGAGUCACACAAAUGAACAGUCCAGGCUGAACUGUGAUUAGUUAAUCUGACAGAACCCCUUAAUCUGGAUUCAAUCUGAGCACUGAGAAGUCACAGAAACUGUUAAACAUUUUAGUUUCACUGACUGUUUGAGCUGAUUGUUUCACCUCCUGCCAGAUUUAUGAUGUUGUUUUCACCCAUUAGUUUGAUAAUCCAGCCCAGUCGCUGUUUAGCAGCUUUGACGCAUAAAAGGGACACAGUGAUUUUAUUUCCCUUUUUUGGGUUUUGAUCUACUCAGAAAAAAAAAAUCCAAGAUGAUUUUUAUGAUAUAAGAACGAACGUAAUAUGAUGUAUUUCAGCAUCUGAGAUUGGGAAAUGCCCUUAAAUGCAUCAAAACAAGAUUUUAUACCGUUUUCAAGCUGAAGUUGUUAAGAGGCUGGUUGAUGGAUUAUCGGCGUUCUGCUGUGGCUACUUUACUGUUAAACUUUUAUAAAUAAUUUAAACCUGACAUCAUCUGUGUGUCUGUAUACUAUGAAGCAUCUCUGCCCUCCAAGGAUCCACAUAGCAGUUAUAAACUGGGCUGAAACUCAGAAUAUAGUCCAGUCACUUCAUGACAAUUAUCUGGAAAAAGAAAAGAAAAAUUAGCUAAUGCUAAUUUGCAAACCGUUAUGUUUUAUGUCAGAGGGAAAAUUUAAUCCUGUGUUGUUUGGGGAUAAAUCAACAUUUAAUUGUAUAUUUACCCAUUUUAUAGUUUAAAUUACAAUAAUUUAUCCUUAAAUUCUCACACACCUUGUCGAUUAAAUUUUUUUCAACAGUUAAAAGCAGGCCUUUUUGUUAGACCAGUAGAGUCAGUGAUCAUUCAAUAGCGUAAAGAAAUUUUUUGGCGUGCAGUUGCUGCUGUCUGCCUUUGUGGGGCAGUGUUGCUACCUGAAUGCCUGGGUUGUGUGUGUGAAGUGGUUAAUUUCUGCCUGCUGUGGGCUCCUAAUUUAAAACGCUUAAAGGAACAGUUCAAUGUUUUUAGGAACAGUUUAGCCUCAUGUUUGUGCCUAAGCUUUGAGUCCUGGAGUGGAAGCGUGAUCAGCAGAGCUAGAAGGGUCUUCCAUGAGUUUUCAUGCAGCAUCCAUAUCAUUUAAUCCCAACUAUAACUUGAAGCAUGAAAUCAUCUCAACUCCACCUCUCUACAGCUGAUUGCAGCCUUUCAGGUUCAUCAUAGCUGAGAAGGUCGUAAACACGUCUGGAAGCUAAUAACUGUCUGCUGCCUUUAUAAAAACUUUCAUUUACAUCUUUAUGACUUUUUAUUUGCCAUACAUGGACAAUGAUGUGACCAUAGAGUAUUAGCACAGACAUUGGCUUGUUUGCUAAAUAAUAUUAGCAAAACUGAAGGCAAAUCUUACCAUCCUUUAAUGCGAAACGUGAUCAGCUAGUGGUUUUUUGGGCAUCAGGAGGAUGAAAAUGCAUUACUUUAAGACGGUCUAUCCACCGUGGCUAGAUUAGCAGAUUAGCAUUGGCACAAAUCUAAAUGAGAUUAUUUAUGAAAAUGUUGAACUACUCCUUUAAGAUAAUGUUGCAUUUAAAAUUAAACCUGUAUUUUGCUGUAAAAUAAAGAAUUGUAAAUGUUAAGGCAACGGUGGAAUAGAGAUGAGGUUUAACUGAACUUAUGAAGUAAUUACAAAGUGAGCAGAAUUUCCUUCAUGCGACAUUUAUUUACUGUAUCUUAGAUACUUUCCCUCAAACGCUGAAGUAAAACCUGAACACAUGAAUUAAACAAAACGUGUCAGAAGGCGGUCUCAUAGUCACAAGGAGUCCCUGACAGACGGGUCUGGACAUGGCGUCCCCGUAAAACGCAGAGUCCUCGAUCAAAACAGAAAUAUCAAACAUCCCUGUUAGUCAAGCAAUUUUCAAACUUUAGAGACAUUUUUCUAGCUGUUUACGGUUAGCCUCCUUGUGUUUUUGCUUUUGCACCAAGAGGUCCACAUGUCAGAGAUUACAUUUCUGAAUUAGAAUAUUUUUGUUCCAACUGUUAGCAUGGACUGAAUGGUCCAUGCUAGCUCUAUUUUUCCCAUUUAUUAAACGAUGCAGUAAAGUUUACUCAGUAAAAGGUUUUCUAUCAAAGGAAACUCUGCAGAUUGUAUUGAGUCAAUUCCUCCUGCUGAACAAGCAUGUAGUGACAGUGGGAAGAAAAACCCCGUUCAGGAUUGCAGUUAUUUCUGUACUUCCUGGAGUGCGCGACAACAAAACCCAAUAAACUUAGAAAAUCCUGAUUUGAUUUCAGGGAGGAAAACACUUUAUGACAGGAACUCAUUACAAGAUCGAAUGUCUUCAUUUCUCAUGUUAGCUGCAUUCACCCUCUUGUCUUCAUCCACCCAGUCUGUUUCUGUUAAAUAUCAUGCAUAGCAUCCAACAUAAGCCUUAACUGAGCGUAUUGUUAUCCUGUAACCACAUUUAAAAGAAUAAAGGGAAAAUAAACCAACAGAACAAAUGGAAAACGUGUACUGUAGCUGUUAAUUUUUUAGUCCUUCUGUUGAUCAUUUUCUGCUGUUUUUUCUUAAUAUUUCUAAUCUGAUGUCUGAACGCAGUAAAGGUGUCGACAUGAAGACAUCGAGUUGGAAAACCGUGUUGUUUCCAUAAGGAUGAGGAGUAGUCAUGUAUAGUUAG